UGCGCGUCAGGCUGAGGGGGCCCCUGGGGGGCUUGGCCCUCCGCUGUUCCGGGGCCUGUCGUCAAGCACCAAGUUGAAACUGCUUUCCUGCCUCUUACUUCUUCUUCAGACCCUGAAGGGUGGAGCGAUAAGUAUCGUCCAAAGAGUCUUCAGAGAGGGUCCGGCCCGGACCCCUUUAAAAGAUGGGCGCCCGGAACAAAUGCGUCCUGCGCUGACGGCUCGGUCCAGCCUAGAGAACGAGUUUCCCAAGCGGCCUAUGCGGGAUGUUUAAGAAAAAGGGCUCUGUGACAGGAACAGAGGGACCCGUGUCAAAGUCCGAACAAGGCAGCCUCAGUUCUGGCGGCCCUGUCACAAUUCCGGCGUUUCCAGCUGUUAAGAAAGCAAACUUGUGUUGACUGCAGAGUUGCCGGAUCCCAGGAAAACUGGGUGGCGCUUGACUCAGUUUCAGGCCGCUAUAUUCCAGAUACACUGGGAAAAGGCGGUUUUAUUUCCAUGCACCUCCUCCAUUAUCAGGUUUAACCAAAACAUAGGUCUCAGUUCUUCACAGAAAUACCAAGACUACAGGCUCUUUGGGCUGAAGAGUCGGAUGAAUUUAAUUAGAUUAUUUCUCAAACAUUUCUCCACUGAAAUGAAAUUUAAAUGUUUCUGCAGGCUUAAGGGUGUGUUAGAGAAAACCCCACUUUCAGUAUCUCUCUGAAUGAUGGCCAUAACCAGUGAUCCAGCAUUUCUCUUCCUGGGAACGUGUUAGGUAUCGCAAAUUGGUUAAAAUAACAGCUUUGGCAUCACACUUGACCCGGAUUUGAGUUACAUCUUUGCCACUUAUGGGCUGAUUGACCUUAAAGGAGUUACUUAUCCUCUUUAGCCUUAGUUUCCUCAACUGCAAAACACAGGUAAUAAAAGUGGUGGUUAUGCUUCCGUGAGAAUAGGACACACAAUGAAGACAAUCAAUGAAAACCAGAAGAUCUACUGUUAUAAUUAAGAACAUCAAGAAUAGGCAGCAAGGGACGAAGGAGGUCAGGCUGCACAUACAUGGACAAAGCCAAUUUCUUAGAAGAUACAACUUCUAAGCAACAGAAAGAUUUGCCUUAUGAUGGGGAUUUCUCCCAAAUUAAGAUAUACAGUGAUUACAAUUUUACCUCAAAAAAUGACAUCCUUGAUGUCUCAAAUCAAAUUCCUUUAACAGUAGAUGACCUUCAAGAAAAGGCUACAUAUAGAGAGACUUGCAGAAAUGCAGACAUGGUCAUGACUCUGGGUAAAAUGACUAAAACUGUUAUCAACAAAAACUAUGAUAAAGAGAAACAAUCCACUGUAAAUCUUGAUAUUCUGGCUAAUGAAAGAGACCCUUCCAAGUCAAACAUUUCUGAUAUUUUACUCCAUCAUCUUUCCAAUCAGGAAUUCUUAAAAGGUCAAGGCAUUAAUUGUGAAACUUUCCCAGAGAUUUCUAAUGCUGAUAGUGCUGAUGAAGAUAUUGUUAAAAAUAUUAUUUUGCGCUAUGUUAAGAAUUCUUGGCCAAAAGAACAAACCUCAGAACUCACAGACCAACUGAGCCCCAAAAGGGGUGGUGAAAACAGCAAUAUGCCCUGUUGUUCACUAACUGUGACAGAAGGAAACGCCUCUGACUUAGAGGCUGCUGGAGAGAGCAGCCAUCAAGAAACUUCACAUUUUCUAACUAAAAUCAAGAGUCCGCAUGAUAAACCAAUAAGUUGCCAAGGGCAGCCACCCCAGAAACUGCAGACCGAAAAAGCAGUUUCAGGCACUGGAUUCAAACAUGGCCAUAGUCUGGUUCAUUACGAGUUAUCUGAUUUCCCUAAGGUUGCUCCCAAAGGGAAAGUCCCUAAAAAUAAAACAAUUAAUAAACCACUUACAACAGAUAAACAAGCCAGCUUUUCUCCUAAAUUGAGAGAUAAGUCAGCUAUUGUGCAAGAUAUUUUAGAAAGCAUGUCUAGGCCAAACUGUAUUGAAAGACAAGGACAGAAAAGGAAAACUGCUGAACCUUCACAACAGAUAGAGAUGGAGCCCACAAUACAUAUUCACCAAGAACAUCUCACAGGAAUAGAAUCAGAGAUGAGUCUCUUUAAAGUGUCAUCAAUGUCUCAGAAAGACAUUUUCCCAAGUUCUUCUUCCAUAUUUCAGAAGAUAAUCCAGGGGAAACAGAUGUGCCAGAAGUUAAAAGAACAGACUGAUCAACUGAAGACUAAAGUACAAGAAUUUUCCAAAAGCAUAGCAGAGGACUCUCCCUAUCAUUUGCAAGAUAAGAGGCUGGUCCUGGAGAAACUGCAGGGACAUCUUGAACUGCUGGAGCAGGAGUUUCUGGACAACAAGGAGAUGCAUCUGACUUUGAAGCAAGUUCACAGGCAUGAAUCCCCAGCUGUCGGUGACUUUGAUCCAGAAAGAGAAGUGGAAGGAGAAAUCUUCAAGUUGGAGAUGCUACUUGAGGAUGUUAAAGAGAAAAUUAAUAAGGGCAAAUGUACUUCAGCCGUUUCUCUUCCUGUGAGUUCUCCAAUCAUCUCGGAUGACUUGGCAUCCACAUCCUCUCCACCCUCAAAUGAGACCAAGAGCACUGACAUCACCUGGCAGCUUGUUAGAAACUGUUAUGAUGUUGUUAUGGUGUUAAGCCAUGACAGCAUGGACCCCGCGGAGCGAGAAAUCAGAGCAAAGGAGUCCCAAAGCGGUGAGUUCAGCUGCCUGUGUGUGAGCAGCGGCGGGAUGAGUCACUUCCUCGCUCACAGCCACAUCUGUGUGUGCUUUGUGGUGCAGGAGAACCCCAUCAACACCUCGGGAAGGCAGGACCAUGCAGAGACGACCAGUCCAAGCUGUGCCUUUUGCCAUGGGGUCCUUGAAUGGAAGGAAAACAUGGAGAAAAAAGGGCAGAGAAACACCAACUGCGGAAGGUGUCCCCCUGCCAUUCAAGAAGAGGCACAGCACGCAGGUUCGAUUCUCAGUUCUGCUGCAGGCCCCAGCUGCUCUUCUGCUUCUGGGACUAGAUUACAGAAUAAUAAAUGUGAGAACUGUGGCACUAAGAGUCAUAAUUCCCGAAGAGUCUGUGGCAAAGAGCCACUUGAAGAAUUUCAUUACAGAUACAACAUGCCAGGACAGAAUUACUUAAAUCCUAACGAAAGAAGUGCCUUUAUCAAACUCUGCUUUUUAAACGAAAAUAAAAAUUCUUCACCUUCUUGUUCAAAGCCAGAAUGGAUCUGUUCCCAGACAUCGAAUCCAAAAUCCUCUCAUGAUGAACAUGAGCCCAUACCAGGAAAAAAAAAUCUUAAGGUUUUCAUGACCUACCAUUCAGACCUUGCUAAAACCUCACCCCAUUUCCACUCCUGCAGGAUUUCUGGAAGCAAAUCCUUAAGCAACUUUGGCAGUACUGAAGAAACAGAAUCUGAGAUUUUAAACUCGUCUUUGGAUCAUGCCCUGAGGACAGCAACCAUUUUGAAAGACACUACUGAUCGAAUGAUUAGAACUAUUGCAGAAAAUCUUGCCAAAGUACAGAGAUGGAGGAAUCAACUGAAAUACUAGUUCGACCCAAGGCAACCGAGGACUUUAAAAAAAAGAGAAAUGCAAAGAAAACUCAUCUUCCCCCCAAAAGUAUCUUAUACCAUUUAGGAAGGUGACUUUCUAGAGAAAAUACCAAAACUGUAAGAAAUGGGGGGGCACCAAGUGCUUAAAAGGAAAAAACAAUGGACCCUGAUUCUUAAAAUUGAAAUCAACAAGUAUUUAUUUUAAAAUAAAUCUGUUAUUCCUAACUCAUAAUAAAAGAAAUCAAAGCAAUAAA